GGGCUAAAGUCCGGCCGUGGGUUGCCUGUGUGCUUAGCAUGAGUACUUCUCACUUCUCGUGCUAAAAGCGACAUCUCCCGACAUCUCCGACCAAAAUACAGCUUCUCUGCCCAAAAUUUUCACAGGAUGGCGAAACCAGAGGUCAAAUACACACAGCUUUUCAUCAACAAUGAGUUUGUAGACUCUGUGAGUGGUAAAACGUUUCCAACUUUAAAUCCAGCAACAGAAGAAAAGAUCUGCGAUGUCUCGGAGGCUGAUAAGGCAGAUGUUGAUAUUGCUGUGGCAGCAGCAAAAGAAGCGUUCAAGCUUGGAAGUGUCUGGAGGACCAUGGAUGCAUCAGCGAGAGGACAUUUCCUGUACAAACUUGCUGAUCUGUGUGAAAGAGAUGCAGAUUACCUAGCUAGGUUGGAAAGCUAUGAUGGUGGCAAGGUUAUCAAUGAAGCCAAAAUUGAUGUCCAAGGGAUGAUUGGUUGCUUUAGGUACUAUGCAGGAUGGGCAGACAAAGUUACAGGAAAAACUAUUCCAGCAGAUGGUCCCUUCUUCACCUACACCCGUCAUGAGCCUGUGGGAGUGGUUGGCGCCAUCACGCCCUGGAACUUCCCACUCCUGAUGGAGGGACUGAAGCUUGCUCCAGCACUCGCCUGUGGCUGUGUUGUGAUCCUCAAGCCAGCGGAGCAGACCCCAUUGACUGCACUUUACCUUGCAAGUCUUGUUAAGGAGGCUGGAUUUCCGACUGGGGUGGUUAAUGUUCUGCCUGGAUAUGGCCCUACUGCAGGGGCGGCCAUUUCUUCACACAUGGGUAUUGACAAGAUCAGUUUCACUGGUUCCACUGAGGUCGGGCGCUUGAUCCAAGAAACAGCAGCCAAAUCGAACCUUAAGCGUGUCACCUUGGAACUUGGUGGCAAGAGUCCAAAUAUAGUGUUUGCAGAUGCUGACUUGGACUGGGCUGUCGAGAUGUCUUGUUUAGGUCUUUUUAUUAAUCAGGGCCAAUGUUGCUGUGCCGGCACCAGGAUUUUCGUAGAAGAAUCCAUUCACGAUGAGUUUGUUCGUCAAUGUGUGGCCAGGGCCAAGGCUAGAGUGGUGGGGGACCCCCUUGAAGAGAAAACUGUACAAGGACCACAGGUUGAUGAGGAACAAUUCAACAAGAUCCUUGGUCUCAUCGAGAGCGGCAAACAACAAGGGGCUAAGGUGGAGUGUGGUGGUGGUCGCCAUGGUAACAAGGGUUAUUUUGUUGAGCCCACAGUCUUCUCUGGUGUCCAGGACGACAUGAGGAUUGCCAAGGAAGAGAUCUUUGGCCCUGUGAUGCAGAUCCUCAAGUUUAAUGAGAUCAAUGAGGUAAUUAGACGAGCAAACGACACAACAUACGGCCUGGCAGGAGCUGUGUUUUCCAAAGACAUCGACAAGGCGCUCAUGGUGGCCCACAGUAUUCAGGCUGGCACCAUGUGGGUGAACUGUUACCUAGCUGGACAACCACAAGGGCCGUUUGGCGGUUACAAGCAAUCUGGGCAUGGCCGAGAAUGGGGCGAGUAUGGCCUUCAUCAAUUCUGUGAAGUAAAAACGGUUACCGUCAAGAUGCCUACGAAGAACUCUUAGAACGCCAGGCAAGACUCGUGUGGGAGGGGCGAAGGAAUUUUAACCGGAACAGGACCAUCGGCCUGGAUAUCAUCUUCAAGAUUAGACGUCUAGCUAGGUGAAAACAAACUGAUUUUAACUAAUAAUCUGCGUGUGUCAAAACUCGGAAUCCAGGUGACGUAUAGCUGUAUUCUUGGAAGUGACUUGUAGCCAUAUUCUUGGAACCAGGUGACUUGUAGCUACAUUCUUUGAACCAGGUGACUUGUAGCUGUAUUCUUGGAACCGUGUGACUUGUAGCUGUAUUCUUGGAACCUUGUGACUUGUAGCUGUAUUCUUGGAACCGUGUGACUUGUAGCUGUAUUCUUGGAACCGUGUGACUUGUAGCUGUAUUCUUGGAAUCUCGGGGGCCGUGUAGCUAGAUUCUCUGAACAAGGUGAACCUGGUUGCUUUUUUUUCAAAUUGGCGAAUUGCUUAACAGCAUCUUGGACACAGUACCCUGAUGAAAUGCUAAAUUCGAGCUCUAGCAAGCUGGCAAAAAAUAUUUUUAAAUGUAUGUUUUUAAGAUAAUAUGUUUUUUAAAUGUUAAACUAUUAAAACAUGCUUAUUCAAAAACUUACUAGGUAGAAAAUUUAUGAACAAAUAGAUUAAAGAAGUAAUCAUUGCAAA